AUGGCUGCCGCAGCUUUGCAAGCUGCACAACAGUUUGUGGAAGCGGGUGCCCCGGAACCCCGCACCAAGCGUCCUCGGGGCGAAGAGGCUCCUAUACCGGCUGCCGGCUCUUCCGAGAUGUUGCUGACUCAGCUUCUUCGGAGCCACCUUCUGCAGAACAACCAACUGAUCGAUGCCACCAACUCGACGCAACUGGUGGUGUUAGUGCAAGACGAAGAAGACAAGAAGUACUUGCUUGGCUUGGUCAAUGCCUGGCAUGCCAAACAAAAAGAAGUGACUUUGUCUCCAGAGCAACGUCGGGUGGCUCCUCCGGACAGCAAAGCAGCCUUGACCCAUUUGCUUCAGCUGGAAGAUUCAGUGGUCGACCUCAGCCUGUCGACCUUCGGGCGGAGGAUGGCAGGUCCUGGAAGUGGAAAGUUUGCCUGA